UUGUCUUUGUCGCACAGAGACAACAUAAAAAAAGCCAGAUGACUACCGUCUUGUUUUUUUUUCUUAUGGCCACUGGAAAUUAAAGAAAAUUAUAAUAAUAUAUAACAAUCUAUUAUCUUUUUGUCUUCCGAAAUGGAUCUCUGAACCAACCAAACUUGACGAGAAUGCCAUUUCCGAUGUCUUUUUCUGAAUUCUUUGGUGUUUGAUUUAUCUCCCCGGUACAGCGAGCUCACUAAAUUCUGUUGCAGACAGCCUCUCAUUUCAAAACCUUUAUCCUUUCUUGACUAGAGAGUAUCCUUAUCCGAUAUCUCUCUCUUGGAUUUAGUAUUAGUGGUGCUUGUUUCAUUCUGACUCCCGAGCUCCAGCGUUUAUGGGAUUUUGCUAUUACUCUGUUUGGUAACCUGGGUAUCUCGCCAAAUCCCAUUCCAAUGCCUUUGGAACUGAAGACAAUAGAAUUUUGUCGCUAAUUCCUAAGUUGGAAAUUUUAGAUUUAUUGGUUGAUUUCUUUUCAUUUUUUCUUUUUUAAUGUAGGGCAUUGAAUGAUGUUGCUGGUAAGAUUUUGUGGACCUCUUUUAUUGGUGUCAUAUUGUUCCUUGGUUUUUCUUGCAGUUGCACGAACUUCUAUUACUGAUCCCUCCGAAGUCAAUGCAUUGCUAGCAGCAAGGAACAGUUUGAUUGAUCCUUUUAAGCAUCUCGAGAACUGGGAUAAAGGAGAUCCAUGUACGUCAAAUUGGACUGGAGUCGUGUGUUAUGAUACAAUUGGGACUGAUGGAUACCGGCGUGUUCAGGAGCUUCAGCUGCUAAAUAUGAAUCUUUCAGGAAAUUUAGCUCCUCAGCUUGGCCAACUCUCUCAACUGAAAAUACUGGAUUUUAUGUGGAAUGAAUUGGAUGGCAGCAUACCAAAGGAAAUAGGAAAUAUUUCAUCUUUGAGACUCCUGCUUUUGAAUGGAAACAAAUUAUCAGGUGCUUUACCUGAUGAACUUGGCUGCUUAUCUAAUUUAACUAGACUCCAAGUGGAUGAGAACAAAAUUUCAGGUCAAAUACCAAAGUCAUAUGCAAACUUGAGCAGUGUGAAACACCUCCACUUGAACAACAACUCCAUAAGUGGUCAAAUUCCAUCUGAGCUAUCCAAAUUGUCCUCUCUUCUUCACUUGCUGUUGGAUAACAAUAACUUAUCCGGGAAUCUUCCUUCAGAGCUCUCGAACUUGCCAGAGUUGCGUAUACUUCAACUUGACAACAAUAACUUCAGUGGGUCUGAAAUUCCAGCUACUUACAGAAAUCUUUCCAAAUUAGUAAAAUUAAGUCUUAGAAAUUGCAGCUUGCGUGGAGCUAUUCCUGACUUUAGCAGCAUUCCUGACCUAUCCUAUUUGGAUCUGAGCUGGAAUGACCUUACUGGAACCAUACCAUCAAAACUUUCUGUUAAUAUGACAACUAUUAAUUUGUCAGGCAACCGUCUUAAUGGAUCUAUACCAGGAAGCUUCUCAAACCUUCUUAUUCUUCAGAGACUAUCACUAGAAAAUAAUUUGUUUACUGGUUCUAUCCCGGCUAACAUCUGGCAGAACAGGUCCUUCAACACAAAUGAUAGGCUUACACUUGAUCUGAGAAACAAUUCACUCUCAAAGAUUUUAGGGAAACUAAAUCUGCCACAUAAUGUCACCCUGAGGUUGGGAGGCAAUCCUGUCUGCAUUGAUGCCUACGUAUCAAACAUUGACCAGUUCUGUGGAUCUGAAGCUGAAGGAGAUGGAACUACUGAAAGCUCAACAAAUUAUACAACUACAUGUCCUAUUCAAGCAUGUCCAGUAGAUAAUUUCUUUGAAUAUGUCCCAGAAUCCCCUGUACCAUGCUUUUGUGCAUCCCCACUUAGAAUUGGAUACCGGCUUAAGAGCCCUAGUUUCUCUUAUUUUCUUCCAUAUAUUUAUCUAUUUGAGAAAUACUUAACUAGUGCUCUUGAAUUGGAACCCUAUCAGUUAUACAUUGAUUCAUUUAUUUGGGAGGAAGGUCCCCGUGUAAAGAUGUAUUUGAAGCUUUUUCCUGCAUGGAAUGAUGAACAUUCACACAUAUUUAAUUCAACUGAGGUUCAGCGGUUAAGACGCAUGUUCACAUCAUGGAAUUUUCGUCGCACUGACUUUUUUGGACCAUAUGAGCUUCUCAACUUCACUCUAGUGGGACCUUAUUCAGAGAUGAAUUUUGGCACCCAAAGGACAAGAAUCAGUAAAGGUGUUUGGGCAGCCAUUACAUUAGGUGCUAUUGCUUGCACUGUUGUAGCAUCUACAAUAGUCACACUUCUGAUUGUAAGAAGAAAUGCUAGAUACCAUCAGAAUCUGUCAAGGAAAAGAUUGUCCUCAAAGAUAUCAAUGAAAGUUGAUGGGGUGAAAUUCUUCAGUUUUAAAGAAAUGGCCCUGGCAACUGACAAUUUUAACAGCUUAGCUCAAGUUGGUCGAGGAGGCUAUGGAAAGGUUUAUAGAGGCAUUUUAUCUGACAACACAACUGUGGCCAUAAAGCGUGCCGAACAAGGUUCCUUGCAAGGACAAAAAGAAUUUUUUACUGAAAUUGGAUUGUUGUCUAGGCUACAUCACAGAAAUCUAGUUUCAUUAAUUGGAUACUGUGAUGAAAAAGGGGAGCAGAUGCUGGUGUACGAAUUCUUGCCCAAUGGCACCUUGAGGGACUGGCUAUCAGCUAAAGCUAAAGAAAAACUGAACUUUGGUAUGAGGUUAAACAUAGCUUUGGGUUCAGCUAAGGGCAUUCUUUACCUUCAUACUGAAGCAAACCCACCAGUGUUUCACCGGGAUAUCAAGGCCAGCAACAUACUUUUGGACUCCAAACUUAUCGCUAAAGUUGCUGACUUUGGACUCUCACGUCUUGCUCCUGUCCAGAAUGAUGAAGGGACUUUGCUUAACCAUGUAUCCACAGUAGUGAAGGGAACUCCGGGAUACAUUGAUCCAGAAUAUUUUCUGACCCAUAAGUUGACAGACAAGAGUGACGUCUAUAGCCUUGGGAUUGUAUUUCUGGAGCUCUUGACAGGAAUGCAUCCAAUAUUUCAUGGCAAAAACAUUGUCCGAGAGGUAGCGAUGGUUCAUCGGGCAGGUAUGAUGUUCUCCGUCAUAGACAGCAGAAUGGGUUCUUAUCCGUCUGAAUGUGUGGAGAGAUUUGGGUCUCUGGCCCUUAGGUGUUGCCAUGACACGCCAGAGAAUCGGCCAUCGAUGUUGGAGGUGGUCAGGGAGCUAGAGAACAUACUCAAAAUGAUGCCAGAAACUGAUGCCAUUUUUUCAGAAUCCAUGUACCCAUAUUCUGGCACUUCAGCAUCAUCAUCUUCAUUUUAUACAAGCAUCAAUCAAUAUGCUUCAUCCAGUGUUUCAGGAAGUGAUCUUAUCAGUGAUGUCACCCCCACCAUCAAUCCUAGAUGACAUUGGAGAUCAUCAAUAUACGUGCUUUAUCUUUUCCAAAUCCUCUCAAAAUGAGUGCAGUGUCUAAUGUGCAGUUGGGGCAGCUGCAAAGUGCGUGUCAUUCCACCAUUCUUCCUGUUUAUCCAUUGCAACAGAGGACAUUAGUGUAUAAUGUACAAAGUCUAAUCUAAACUGAAAUGAAACCUGACUAUUAACAAAUUGAAAGGAGACAAAUUAAUAUAUUCAUGUUUUUCUUAA